CCACUGUGUUUCUCUCCACCCUGACACCCAAGUUCUAUGUUGCUCUCACUGGAACCUCAUCACUCAUAUCAGGCCUCAUACUUAUAUUUGAGUGGUGGUACUUCCGCAAGUAUGGCACGUCCUUCAUCGAGCAAGUCUCCCUCAACCACCUGAGUCCGUGGAUUGGUGGAGGCGAUGCUGCUCAAAACGAAGGAGGUGCAACAACCAACAAUAACAACAAUAAUCAGCAGGCUGUACCAGAGUGUAAAGUAUGGCGCAAUCCGCUGAAUUUAUUUCGUGGGUCCGAGUACAGUCGCCUCACCAAGAGCACCCAGAAGGAGCCUCUCACCUACUACGACAUGAAUCUCUCUGCUCAGGACCACCAAACUUUCUUCACUUGUGAGGCCGACUCCAACAAACCGGAGUACCAAAUCAUGCAAACGGCGUGGCGGGAGCGCAACACGGAGGUACGCAUCAAGGCGGCCAAGAGUGCGCUGGAGAUGAACCCUGAGUGCGUGUGCGCGUACAUCCUGCUGGCGGAGGAGGAGUGCACCAACAUCCUCGACGCUGAGAAGAUGCUCAGGACGGGGCUCAAGUUUGCUGAGAUCAGCUAUAAGAAGAGCCAGGCCCUGCAGCAUCAAAGCGCCAUGCUUGAACUACUUCAUAGACGCGACACGAACGCCCUCAUCUACAUCAAGCGGCGCCUCGCCAUGUGCGCCAGGAAGCUCGGCAAGAUGAAGGAGGCCAUCAAGAUGUUCAGAGACUUAACCAAGGAGGUGCCGGCCAUCUUGAAUGCGCUGAACCUGCACGAGAACCUGCUGGAGGCGCUGCUGGAGGUGGGGGCGUACGCUGACGCGCAGGCUGUGCUGGCUCGCUACGACGACAUCUCCCUGCCCAAGAGCGCCACCAUCUGCUACACUGCAGCGCUGCUCAAGGCGCGAGCUGUGGCUGACAAGUUCUCGCCCGACGUGGCCAGCAAGCGCGGGCUGACCGCCGCCGAGAUGGCUGCCGUCGAGGCCAUACACCGCGCCGUGGAGUUCAACCCUCACGUGCCCAAGUAUUUGCUGGAGACGAAGCCUUUGAUCUUGCCACCCGAGCACAUCCUCAAGCGCGGCGACUCGGAGGCCAUCGCGUACGCCUUCUUCCACCUGCCUCACUGGAAACGGGUUGAGGGAGCGUUGAAUCUGCUGCACUGUACGUGGGAAGGAACGUUCAGGAUGAUCCCGUACCCUCUUGAGAAGGGCCAUCUCUUCUACCCGUACCCGACGUGCACAGAGUGUGCUGACAGAGAGCUGCUGCCUUCCUUCCACGAGGUGUCGGUUUACCCUAAGAAGGAGCUCCCUUUCUUCAUCGUGUUCACGGCAGGCCUGUGCUCCUUCACUGCCCUGCUGGCGCUGCUCACUCAUCAGUACCCUGAACCCAUGGGGCAUCUCGCCCGGACUGUGGUGGGCUGGUGGUAUGUGCCAAUCCAGUACAUCCUUGAGAAGCUUGAAGCUGUGCUGCCUUCCAAUCUACUGCACCACCUCUCUAGGAUUUAAAUGUCAGGUUAAAAGGGGAUGGCUGCGGGAGACAGUUUCUCGAGCUUCAUCAGGAUGGCAGCGCUGAGAUGCUGCCUUGAAUAACAUCAUCGAGCAGCAUUGACUUGAACUGGCGGUGCGGCGCGAGCUUCCAUGGCAUUCUCACUGGCGGUGCGGCGCGAGCUUCCAUGGC